CAAGUAAAAGGACAUAGAGGGAGUAUAAAGAUUCUUUGUAACUGUGCUUCUUCGAUUGCAAAUCAGAAGUUCAACGAGUUCGGUAAUAUCAGGUCUUUUUAUACCCUUUGUGGUUAAGAUUCAUUGGCUCCUCCGCAAAACAAAAGAGAUUAUUCUUUUCAGUGACACGUGUGUGAAUCAUACUCCAAACACCAGGGGUAUCAAGGCCUCGGUGAAUGUAAGUCAGUUGAUCAGAGGGACCCCAAAAGUUGUUGCUUGGUCUAUUCCGGUAAGGCAAAUUCUUGCUUCAAGAAAAGCCAAGGAAGAAUUCUCUCAAGCGGUUGUCAUAUGGAAGCUGGAGGAACUUUUAUAGACACGCAACAAACCUAAGGGCAUUUGUCGCUGACAACUCAAUUGGGAAACAAGCAAAAACCGAAGACAAGAUGAAAAAUUUGAUUUUCGUAAUACAACUGUUUAUGGUCGUUGCCUGGAUUUCAGAACGGUCUUCUGCCCAAUUUGGUGCUCCACCAGUAGCGACCAAAGAAGUAGCUGGCAUUGAACCAAAUGAUGUUGUAGUUGAAUGCUACCAAAAAGGAGUAAAAGUUAUCAUUGAAAAAGCCCGCCUCCGGAGAAUCCAAUCAUCAGAAAAACUCCAUUUCUUGGAUCCAGCUUGUAUUGCUGGUGAAAAUGAAACCCACUUUAUUGCUUCAACAAGCUAUCGAGCAUGCGGAAUCUCAAGGAAAGUGCAAUGGAAUGGCCUAGUGUACAGCAACACACUAAUGACUGGCUUUCCGGACACCGAUGAAUUCGAUCCUAGGUGCCCUGUUGUGAGCAUCAAGUUCACCUGCGUGCAUUCCUUCUUCGUUUGGCCGAAGCCGAGAAUGACUCGUGCUGUUGCUAAGUAUAUUAACUGCGAACACAUCGUUGUACUUGGACCGAAAAUUAAGAACGGCAUCUUUGGUAGAAUGCGAGCAAAGUCUUCUGGGAUAAGAAUGAGGUCACGUGUCUUGUCAUGUCCAAUGUUAAUUGGAAUUGGCCCACCAGUCAAAAGCGGUGAAUUCGCAAGAGUCACGGUGAAAUCGAAAGGGUUCAAAGUAAAGCGAACCGAAGCAUUUGUAUGCAAGCCGCUGAAAAGGAAUGGGGAAUAUGACGUGCAGCUCAAAGCAUACACUGAUGAGAAGUUCUCGAACGAAAUUGGGCGAAUUUUAGAGACGCCGGAGCUCACGAUUGAUAUUUUUUACGACUUAAAAUUGAACACAAAGGACAGUUUCUUAACUAUUUAUCCAGAAAGAUGUUAUGCAACGCCAACUGCUGAUCGACUUGAUAAGAUCCAAUAUCUUUUCAUAAAAGAUGGGUGCAUUCUUGAUGAAACAAUUCAAGUCUAUUCUUCGCCAAGUUACAGCUAUAGAUUCAGUAUGAAAUCUUUUACAUUUGUCGGAAUCAAGGACGCCAUGUUUUUCAUCCACUGUGACGUUUCUAUUUGUGAUGCUGAAGACAAGGAAUCUUCCUGUGCCAGGGGAUGCUCAGCAAAAACCUUUAGGCGAAAAAGAUCGCGAACCAGAAAGAUAUCUGGUGGUUUUUCUAAAAAAUGCAGCUUUCAGUCAAUCGAGGUUGCUAUAGACAGGUCUCUGCUCCGCAACGCAGCCCAAGGAAACAUUCAUUUAGAAGACCCAAACUGCAUAGCAAGCGUUAAUGAGACACAUUUCUCUUUCAACAUUAAACGAGGAAAAUGUGGCACUUUUGCAAAGACAAGUGGCUCGAUCGUCGAAAUAAGCAACACUGUUUAUUAUCUUGCGGGUAGCGGGCGUGGUUUUUCAAUCCCCGUAAAGUGUAAAUAUACAGAGAGCAAAGUAUCAAGUUCGGCUGGCCGAUCUUACAAGAUUGCCCACCAUGAACGCUUUGUGAGCAUAUGGUUAGGCCAAAGCUAUCAUUUUAACAGGAAGAUCGUUCUGGAUCCAUCAGUGACUGAGAUAUUCUCCGAUACUCCAUUAAAUAUUGCAGCAAAUGAAAUAGGAGAUGUUUUGGAGGUAUCAGUUUCCCCUUAUAACAAAGAUCUGUUCUUCGUGAUUGACCACUGCAAAAUCAAGCCAUCCCCAUCUUCGAGGAGGAAAAGAAUGCUCAUUGAGCAUGGCUGUGCCAUCGGAGACGAUGUUCUUCUCAUGAAGACAAACAUGACAGCCAAGAUGUACUUUGACUUUCAACGCUGGAGAGUACCGGGAAGCAAGUUGUAUGCCAAGUGUCACUUCACCGUCUGCCACAAAAAUUCACUUUCAGCGCAUUGUAGAAAGAGGAUCUGCCACAAUCAGAUAGCCGUGCUGUCUAACAAGAGAAAGCGGAGAUCUACCGAUGCAAACACCAUUGAUAGCAGCAUCACUUGCAAGCCGGGAAAGAUCUCAGUCGCCAUUGCAAAGAAGUCUUUACCAAAGAUCAAGGCAGCUGACCUCAGUUUGAGAGACAGUAAAUGCGGUGCACGAGAGAAUGAUACACACAUUAUCCUAGAAACAAAGCCUUUCGAAUGUCGCACUAGUUUGAGGAGUUUUGGAAGCGCUGUUGAGUACUCAAAUAUUGUUCUAAAUAACCCGACAUUCGUUGGCGGUAUCAUCAGGCGAUUUCCCACCUUUCGUUUGCCUUUUAAAUGCGUAUUUUCUCCAUUCAGAAGACGGCCGACCACUUUCAGGACAAAGAAAACUCAAGUGAAUUUUUCAGGAAUAUCUACUGGAACAUUUUCAGUUCGACUCAAGCUUUUUACAGACCCAAGCUACGACACUGAGAUGGACUCGAUCAAUGCGAGAUUGAGCCCAGGGUCUGACAUGUACUUUCAAGUUGGCAUGGAGUCGCCCAAUUCAUCACUAACAAUAUACCUGGAAAGCUGCUACGGAAAGCCGUUCUUCUCGACUGACAGCAGUCAGAGAUACGAAUUUAUCAAAGACAACUGCCCGGUGGAUGAUUCAGUGCUAUUCUACAGAACAGAAAGGACAGACCAGAAGCGUUUCAGCGUGUCUCCGUUUGAAUUCAGCGGUUCAGUGUACAAGAGCGUGUUCGUGAAUUGCAUCAUUUCCGCCUGUAAACCCAAUGAAAGUUCGUCACGCUGCCUCAAGACUUGCCCAAACAGUCCUUUACCAUUAUAAACCGUCUUUUGACCACUUCGCGUCAAUAUUCAUAUUUCUAAUUGUAACACGGUGUUUAUUACAAAUGGUUAUCAUGCCAAAGCAUAGCAUAAAAUAUGUAACUUGCCGUACUGAAUGAAUUGCAUCUGGUUUUUAUGGUACCAAUAAGCUUGCUACCUGCCUUAAUCGUCUGUACAUCAGCCUAAAACAUCCUAUCCCAACAUAAUUCACAUUUUAUAGGAAUUUAAUUAUUCUUAAGACAAUAAAUUAUUGCUUUUGUACCAUAUGAGCCAUGCCUAGCAAAGGUGCAAUCUCUUUGGCUAGAUACAACAACCAUAUCAAGUUGGGAUCACGCCCUGAUAAACCGUUCGUACAGGCCUGUCGCUUACCAACUAGCAGAGCAGUUCUACGGAUUUAAUAGACUUUUAUGAAAAUUGCCCUUUGUCAAAACCCUUUCUUCUGAUUUCCCAUCUUAGCAUGUAUUCAUUUUACCGCAUUUUACUUGGUGAUUUUUGCCUUUAUCACUUACUUCCAAGUGUUUAACGGAUAUUUUGUGUUCUGCUUUCUAAGAAAUUUUGCAAGAAAAUCUAGUUAAGCUAGAAAUUAAAAUUUGAAAAUGUAUGAAAUUAGUAAUUUUGAUAAAAUUUAUAUUUCUGUGUUUGAUUAUUUGCAAAUUAUGCAUAACCUUUUCAUAACUACAGUGAUUUGUAUAUGUUUUC